AUGGCUUCCAACACCAACGAUGGGGUCCUUCAGCAGCGCAGCAAGCCAGUCGGAAAGCCUCGCGGCAUGCGCCGGGACCGGGACUGUCGCAGCUGCAAGCUAAGAAACGUGAAAUGCGAUCUGAACAGGCCCUCGUGCGGAGAAUGCGUCGCCGCCGGGGUGCCAUGUGGCGGCUAUCCGCAGCGCGUCAUCUGGGUUGGCGCCAGCUCGUCCGUAAAGGAGGCAUCGUCGCCGGCCUCUGCGCCCUCGUCGACAGCGGUGCGCUCCAGACUGGCGCGGUCCCAGUCGGCCAUCUCGCGGUCCAGCGACUCGGGCCAGACGCCGCCAGACCGCGCCUCGGACUCGUGGUCGCCGGACCGGCCGGCCUCGAGCCCCGGCGACGACGCCUCGCCCAUCAGCUGGUCCGAGGCCGACCAGAACAGCUUCAUCAAGCCGCUGGCGACGCUGUGCCAGCAGAUCAUCUCGCUGGACGGCGACGCCCUGCGCAGCAACCACUACCUGUCCGUCGAGGCGCUGCGGCUCAUCUCGCGGCUGCGCGACUUUGUGCAGGCCCGCAUCGACGGCCAUCCGCAGCGCGCCGACAUGUGGGAGUCGGAGAGCCUGGCGCGGUACCGCCUGGACGCGCUCAUGAGCCUCAAGGACGCGCUCAAGGCGACGAAUCCCUUUGCCUUCAUCGGCAUCGCGGCCUUUGCCUUCUUCGAGGUGUGUGACAGCGGCUUCGGCGACUGGCAGCGCCAUCUGUACGGGGCCAAGUCGCUGCUGGACUACCACUGCAAGAGCCGGGCCGAGCUGGACAACCUGUCGCGUAGCGUCACGGGCCUGGGCGAGAUGGUGGUGCGCCUGGUGUGGUUCGACACCUGCGGCAGCAUCAUCCGGGGCACUACGGACCUCAUCUUUGAGGACUGGCACCGCGAGCUGCUGACUGACAGCUUCUUCCGCACUGUUGGCUGCGCGGCAGAGACCUUUGAGCUGUUUACUAAAGUAGCCAGCGGCGAGGUUGCCUCUAGUCCGACCAAUAGUGCCUUUCUUGCCAUCAAGCAGCUGCUAAGCCUGGGGCAGGGAACUUCUGACUGGGAUCGCUCAGCUGACGCAUAUCGCUGCGCUGCUGUCAUUGCCGUGCUAACCCGGGCCGGUGGUGAACCCAUAACUUCGUCCACGCAGAGCACAAUCUCGCAGGCGGUGGACCGGACGUGUCAGAUUAUCGCAGCAACGCCGUCAUCCUCGCAGUUUUACAUCCACAUGGCUGUUCCGGCGUAUUUAGCUGGGAUGAACGCAACCUCGACGCAGCAAUGUGACGUUGUGAGGUCAUACUGGCAUAACUGUAGCCAUGCUGGAGUGAGAAGAUAUCCAGAUGGCCUGGCUAGAUGCGAAGAACGCUGGAAGUUGAAAAGUCUGGCUUAG